AUGUCGACAACAGCAGGCGCCUUUCUCGCCGGCGGCAUUGCUGCCUGUGGUGCCGUGACGGCGACGCACCCGUUUGAGACGGUCAAGAUCCGCAUGCAGUUGCAGGGCGAGCUGCAGUCCAAGGGCCACCAGCCGCAUCACUACCGCGGGCCCAUUCACGGAGUCUCGGUGAUCUUGCGCAACGAGGGCAUUCGCGGAAUCUAUCGCGGCAUCAGCUGCGCCUAUGCCUACCAGAUCCUGCUCAACGGCUGCCGUCUGGGCUUCUACGAGCCCAUGCGCAAGAGCCUAUCCGGCCUGCUGUACCGCAACGACGCUGUCCAGAGCCUGCCGAUCAACAUGUUCUGCGGCGCCGCGUCCGGCAUCAUCGGUGCCGCUGCUGGCAGUCCCUUUUUCCUCGUCAAGACGCGCCUCCAGAGCUUCUCUCCCUUCUUUCCCGUCGGCACCCAGCACAAGUACCGCAACGCCCUCGACGGCGUGCGCCAGAUCCACCAGGCCGAUGGCCUGCGUGGGCUCUACCGCGGCGUCAGCGCCGCUAUGAUCCGCACCGGCUUCGGCAGUUCCGUCCAGCUGCCCACAUACUUCUUCGCCAAGCGCCGCCUGCAGAAGCACUUCGGCAUGACCGAGGGCCCCGCUCUGCACCUGACCAGCAGUGCCGCCAGCGGCUGCGUCGUCUGCGUCGUCAUGCACCCUCCAGAUACCAUCAUGUCCCGCAUGUACAACCAGAACGGCAAUCUCUACUCUGGCGUCUUCGACUGCCUGGCCAAGACCAUUCGCACAGAGGGAUUCUUCGCCAUCUACAAGGGCGUCUUGCCGCAUCUAGCUCGGAUAUUGCCGCACACGAUCUUGACCUUGUCGCUAGCCGAGCAGACCAACAAGCUGGUUCGCAAGAUCGAGGAUCGUCUCCUGUCCAGGCCCACGUCCGAGAUCGCAUGA